AUGGAUCCAAAUCCGGAACAUACACAUCUCUACUCGUGCAGUAGAUGGGCCGAUCAAGAUCCCAACGAGGUUAUCGCUGAGUAUGUUCGCAUAGGAGAAGAAACUUGCAAAGAACUCCGUUUGUUGCCUCAUCUCGAAGAUCUGCCUUAUGACGUUGGGAGCAUAUCAGGUAACAGCGACUUUGCUAAGGUAGACAUUUGGGGAGAAGUGAAAGAUCACCUGGUGAUUCUGAUUCAUGGCGGUUUCUGGCAAGAAGGCACUAGGAAACUCAUAAGUCCAGCUGCAGUACACCUGGUAAAGCGGAAUAUGGCUGUGGCGUCGGUGGGUUAUGACUACGCCAGCAGUACUCAUCUGAUCUCUGAAGUGGUCCAGCAAGUUGUAGUGGCAGUGAAGUUCUUACUCAGCAAAUAUUCACAUGUGAAGUCAGUGGCUUUGGCUGGUCACUCGGCAGGAGCACAUCUAGCAUUCAAAGUGUUCAGCCAAUUACGCUCUCCACGUAUCCAAAAGCUAGUACUGUUUGCCGGCGUUUAUGAUCUGGGUGACCUCCCCAACUGCGAGAUUGGAACCCUUAUUGGGUUAACUCCAGAAGAAGCUAAGAAGAACUCCUGUAACGCGUCAGAAUUACCCGGAUCAAAAGUUGGAAUUCUGAUGCUGGUUGCCCUAAAGGAUUCGCCCAAAAUCAUCGAGCAGAAUAGAGCGAUGGGCGAAGCUUUGAACGAACAAGGUGUUGCCGUUGAAUACCAGGAGUUCCCGGAAUGCGACCAUUUCAACCUCAUACAUGGACUUCGGAUAGAAGAAGAAGACCAAACGAGAAAAUUUCUUGCAUUCCUUUAG